AUGCAAGAUUGUUAUAAUGUUAUUAGUACGCCAUUUGAAAUGGCACCAAAAAAAAGAAAAAAAAGUUCAAGGAGGAUUCGAAGGAGAAGUAGACUAAAUGUAAUGAUUGAUGAUGACUAUAGUUCAGAUUUUAGUGUUACAAUAAUUGGUGAACCAGAUCAUACUGAAAUUUUUGAGGUUGAAAAAAUUAUUAUGGCAAGAUAUAAAUUAAAUGGAAUAAAAAAAAAAAAAAAAAAAAGUGAUAAUUUAGAUAAUUUUGAAUUUUUAAUUAAAUGGAAAAAUUAUGAUAGUGAUGAUAAUACAUGGGAGCCUUUUGAAAAUUUAAGUGUAAAUUUAAAAGGUGAAGCAAGAAAAGCUGCUUUAAAAUUAACUGAAGAAUUAAAAGCCAUGAAAUUAUCAACCUCAUUAAAUAGUAAUGAUCCAAAUAUGCAAAACCACAUCAACCAAAUACCUACACAAUUAUUAAAUAAUAUAUCAUAUGGUAUGCAUAUAAAUAGUAACAUGACUAGAUUAGAUCAAUCAUAUGAUUCUAAUUUAGUUCCUGACACUAAUUCGGAAACAUUAUAUAACAGUAAUUUAUACAACCAAUUUAAUAUAAAUAUUAAUAGACAUCAGAAAAAUGAAAACAUUGAUAAUAGUAUGUACUAUAAUAAUAAUAUGUAUGACAUAAAUAAAUUCUCAGCAAAUGAAAAUAAUGAUAUAUCACAACAAAAUAAUUGUAAUACUUAUGAUAAAAAACGAAGAAAUAUAAGAAACAUAAUAUCUGUAUCUGAUGAAUUAAAAAAAAACAAAAUUUCAAACUUUGAAAAUACAAAUAAUAUAAUAAAUUCUUUAGAUGAUAAUUAUUGUCUUAGAAAAAAACGAGCAUCCCAAAAUGUAAACAGGUGGAAUAACAGUAAUGAAGAAAAUGACACAACUAUGCGUCGUUAUUCUCUAGAUGAUUAUUAUGUAUAUAAUAACAAGAAACAUAAUAAUAAAUUGAAUUUUUUUAAUGAGUAUAAAAAUAAUAAAACAAAAGAUAUAAAUCUUUCAUCCAAUCAUCGUUAUUUGAAACAUAAUUAUCCAAAUGAAGAUGAAAAUUAUAAUCAAACUUUUUUUAAUUUGUCUGAUGAUAUGUAUUCAAAAAAUAAUGAUAGUUGGGAAAUAAAAGAAAAUAAUAAAAUGAUGGAUUCCAAUUUAAUAUCUAAUAAUAAGAGGCAAAAAAAGAGGGGAAAUAAUAUUGCCACAAAUAUUAUGGACAAUUCUAAUGAUAUUUCAAAAAAAAAUAAAUAUAAUAAACAUAUAAAUAGUAAUAGCUUCAUCGAAAGUAGUCAUGACACCAGCAUGGGCAACACUAGCAGUAGAAAACGAAGUGUUACUAGACGACGUAGUAAAAAUAAACAAAAUACUGACAUAAACAUAAGGAAUAAUAUUCCAAUAAAUCAUAAUGAUCCAAAUUUAUCUAAUUGUAAUCAUAAAAAUAACUUAAACCAUUUAAAUAAAACAAAUAUAAAAAAUAAUAACGAAAAAUGCAAAUGUUCAAACUGUUAUGGAUUAAUGUGCAUGAAUAAAAAUAUGCUUAAUAAAUUUGCUUCUGAUGAAAAAACCGAUGAAUCAUUAUUAAAAAAUAUGGAAAAUAUUUUUAAUACAUUCAUUGAAUUAGAUAAUGAAAAUCAACAUUGUAAUAAUUCUACUUCAAUUAUAAAUUCCUACACAAAUUCAGAAUUACCUACAUCUGAAAAUUAUAGGAAUAAUAUUAAAAAUGUUGAAAAUUUAUAUAUGAGUAUGAGCAAUUGGUACUCUAAAAAAAGUGAUAAUAAUAACCAAACAAAAAAUUCAUAUAUUUAUGGCAAUAAUAAAUUAAAUAAACAAAAUGAAAACAUUUCAAAGGAUAAAAAUCAAACAUCAUUAGGAUAUUUAAACUCAGGCAUAGUUCAUAAUAGUAACCCUAAUAAUGAACAUGUAGGCCGAUAUCAAAAUUAUCAAAAUAUUUGUGAUAAAAGAAUGAAUGAUAUUCCGACAUAUGAAAGUGAUGCAAAUGGAUUACCAUCUCAAUUUAAUAAAGAAAUAAAUAAAGAAAAUAAUAUUAACAAACAUUCAAGUGGUAUAGAUAGUCAUUAUAAUGCUGGUCGAUUACCUUCCAAUAUACCAAUUGCGAUUAAGCGUGAAAAAAAUAAUAAUGAUAACACCCCUCCUUUAAAUUUAGAUCAUGAUACAUGUGAAAAUAUGAGCCCAAAAAAUCGUUUCAUACGAAGUAUUAGCAAAUUAGUAGAUAGAGAUAAUGAUAAAUGUGAUUAUUAUAUUGAUGUUUUGGAAAAUGUUUUGCGUGUUUUAAAAGAAAAAAAAAUAAAUAUGCAAUCAUAUAAUGCUAAUAAUAAUACUACAAAUUUUAUGAAGUCCAAUCCAAAAAUCAAUAUAAAUAAGCAAACUAGCCACCCUAUUUAUAAUAACCAUAACGAACAUAAUAAUUAUAUUCAAAACAACAGUUACGAUUAUUCUAAUAUAAAUAAUAUUAACAUUGAUGAAAAUCAUGCUUUAAAUACAAACAAAACGGGUUUUGGUUUCAAACAAAAACAAACUUCUAACAAAAGUAGGCAUAAAAAAAACAAUGAUUUAUCUGAAUUUUACCAGCAUUCACAAUUAUAUAAUAAUCAAACUAAUUUUGAGCAUUUUGGUAAUGAACAAAAUAAUAGUAAAAGAAAAAAAUAUGUAAGAAAAUCCUCUCAUAAUAAUAAUUACAAUACUGAUACUAACAAUGAAUAUAUAAACAACUACAACCUUAGCAAUCUCAUAAAUAAUAAUAAUAAUAAAUUAAAUUGUGAAAAAAAAAAUGAUAAUACGAAUGAUAUAUCUAUGCCUAAUAUUAUAGAUGAAAAAUAUAGUGAUAAAAAACGAAAAGUAGAAAUGAGAAAUAUAUCUAUAAAUAUUCCAAACACUUCCAUAAAUAAUAAAGAAAUUAUAGAAGAACAUGAUGGAAUUCCUGAACAAAAUUGGAAUAAUAAUAAAAAAAAUGUUAGAAAAGUUAGAAAAAAAUUAAAUGGAGAUAAAAUGAUAAAUACAAAUGAUUCGAACAAUGAAAAAAAUAUAAACUACCAAGAUCAUAGUUUGGAUAAAGAAAAUUCUGAACAAGAUGGAAAAAAUAAAUAUGCAAUUUUGAAUACAUUAGAUAUAAAUGUUAUUAAAGAAAAUUAUAUGAAAAAAUAUUCUGAAUAUAUUGAAUCUAUUAAUAAGCUUACUUUAAAUAAUAUAGAUACACUUAUAAAAAAUAUAAAUAUAAUAAAUUUUUAUAAUAGAAAAACGAAUGAUAGUAUUAAUUUUAUUAAAGGAAAAUUCCAAAUACAUCUAAUAGAAUCAUAUACAAAUAUAUUAUUAUAUUUUGAUAUAUUUAAUGAUUUUAAAAAUUAUAAUUUUAUUUAUAAAAAUUGUGAAUUUCUUAAUACUUUAUUAGAUCAUUUUUGGGGAAAUAUAUCAGAAAAUAAAAAUCAUAAUAUUGAUCCUUCAACAAAUGAACUGUCAAAAAAUAUAAUUUUAUUCAAUGAAAUAUAUAAAUUAAAUCACAAACUAAAUGAAUUUUUUAAAGAAAAAUUUGUAUCCUUAAAUUUGAAGCCAAAGCUUUUAUAUUUCCCAUCACCGAAUUAUUUUAUGUGUUUCUAUUUUCAUCUUAGCUCUAAAAAUGAUUGUAAUAAUGUAUAUGAAGAUGAAGAAGAUGGUGCUACUACUCGUGCCAGUAGUCACAGCAAGCACACCAAUUCAAGCAAAGAGCAUAGCGAAAGUUUGAACAACAUCUCUGAUAAUAAUAAAAAUAAUACCCAUGCUGAUACUUGCAAAGAUCCCACUGGAAUCAGACACUAUAUUGGUCAUACUCAAAUUAAUCCCUAUUUUCUAGAUGGUUCCAAUAAAAAUUAUCACAACGAUAAUAUAACAAAUAACAAUGACAAUUGUAUUACUAGACAAAAUGAAGAAGACAACAAAUCUGAAUACAAUUCGAUUAUUACAAAUGAUUCAUUUUCUGCUAAGGGUAAUGAUGGGAUUACAGAUAAUGAACUUGAUAAUACUUUAGAUCAUGCUAUUAUCUCUGAAAAUUUUUAUAGUAAUAGUAAUGGAAAUGCUAACAACGAAUUAAAAAAUAGAGACCAUGGUAAUUAUACAAUAGAUGCAACACAUCAUUCUAUAGCAUGUGAUGAAAUGAAAAAAACAAAAUAUAGAAAUUCAACGUUUCAAUCCAAAUAUGACAACUCACAGUUUAGCAAAUUCGAAUACCAAACUGAUACAUGUAAAGAGCAUCAGUUUAAAACCGCCAAAAGAUUUUUAAAACAUAAUUUAAAUAAUAAUAAAAUAUCGAUUUUUAAUAGUGGUAGUGACUCUAAUAAAAGAAGGUUAUCAUUAAAUGAAAAUAUGAAAAGGGGUGAUUGCGAAAUAAUAGAAGGAAAUAAUGUUUCACUAAAAGCUGACGAUUUCAUGCAGAAUAGCAGAAUUCAAGAAAAUAAUUCAAAUGAGAAUACGCCAAUUUCUCAGGUAAAAUUUUGCAUAAACACAGAUCAUGGAAAUGACAAAGUUAAUAUUAUUAAUAAUGAGCAAAUUGGUUCUGAAAAAUCCGCCAUUUUUAAAGACACACAAAAUAACUUAAAUGAUAAUAUAUUGCAUUUAAGUAAUUCUCGAAAAAAAUUUUCAUAUGAUAUGUCUUUCAUGAGUGCUAAUGAACAAAGUGAUCAAGAUGAAAAUAAUGACUGCAACGAUGCAGAAAAUGUGAUAAGCCCUUUUGACGAAAAAAAAAUGAUGCUAUACGAUAGUGUGAACAAAUCUAAUGAUUUUCAAAGUUUCCAAAAAGAAAAGGAAAAUAAUUUAUCUAUGGAAAAAAAUGAGUCGAUAUAUGAAAAUGCUAAUACAAAUAAUCUAAACAAUGAAUAUGAGAGAGGUGAAAAUAAAGAUGAUGAUAAUAAUAAUAUGGAUAAAUCUUCUAAUGCUAACCCAAGCAAUUCUAAUAAUAAUAUCCGUAUUAAACUUAAUAUUCAAUCUUUAUAUAAUGCAUAUGUUAACAUAAAUGAUGAGCCCCAAAAUAAUAGCAAUUAUUAUGAUAAUUAUGCCUCACGCACUAGUGAUUAUAAUACAUAUACAGAUGAUAAAAAAAAUAAGAUAUUCAAAGAGGAUAUAAAGAAUGUUCUUUAUAAUUAA